AUGAACGUGGAGCAGACACCCUCGCUCAAGCGUCCGCGCUCGCCGACCGAGCCUCACCCCAUUCCAGUUGCAAAGAUCCCACGGACAGCUACGAACCACCUGCAGAUCAACUAUCUCGUCCGUCAGCACAAGGAGGACAUACCACUCGUCACGGUCAAUGACACGCUUGGAGAGAUAGCUCGGUUGCUGAGCGAAUACGACGGAGUCCUACAACGCCAUGAAAGUCUGGCGGGCAAUCUUGGGGCUCGGCCUGUCGGACCCAUCUUGAUCAAACGCUUCGAGAAGAUGUUCGAUGGGCCACCCAAGAUCCUCAAGUCCCAUGCGAAGGACUCACAUGUAACCUGGUUGGAUGUCGCCGAAUUUGCUCAGAAUAAUCCGAAACAGUUCAACCUGGAGAGAACUCGCAACGGCAUAAGAGUUUGCCAAUUCUACACAAAACAGUGUCGCGUCGAGAUAUCCGAGGAAGACUACGUGCUCAUCGCAAGUGGUCACCCUCAGAAGCUGAUCCCCCCGCAGCCCAUCAAGGAAGACGAAGACAAGGAACUCGGUGUCAUGGAUCUUCUGGAUCGUAACCUAGGCCAGGUCAUCCAGCUUGCUGAUCAAGUCUCCGGCCGUGCGCGGCAAAUGAUUCACAAAAUGAAAGGUCGACGGACUGCAAUCCUGACCAGGCGCGAGCAGGAACGAGAACCGCGAAGACAGCCAACAAGAACCGAAGCCUCGCCCACCUCACCAGCAGAGAUCAACGGAGUCAACAAUAGCAGCGCCGGCAGGCCAGUUAGGAGCAUCGAGGUUUCUCAGUCACCUCCUGUCGGCUUCACAGCUGUCAAUCUGCGGCAGCCAGCUGCGGAAGAUCCAGAUCGACGCCCGCCCUUGACAAAUGACGCCCUAAGGAGCAUCGGCGAUGAUGCAUUUGGCACACCAAGCAACGUCACCAUCAUCAACGGCAGAUCAGUCAAGGACACCUCGCCAAGCGAGCGAGCUGAGCUGAUGAAGAACUUCUUAACUCCAAGCGAGAGAGAAGCUGGCCUGACCGAAGAGACCAUCCGGCGUACCUCGUUGGGUAGUGGUACUGCGCGGACUCAAGCCAUGCAUGCCAACGCAGCAGACAAGCCACGUUCCCGUUCGAAUGAAUUGCCGGGUGGAAGCUCCUCGACAGUCGCCAUACCGAAUACCCCUGCGUCGUUGAUGCCGCAGACGAAGCCUGCUCAGCCAGAGAGGGACGAUGGCGGCCCUUUCAAGGCGGAGAUGGUUCGCAGAAUGGACAACAUGUGGAAGGGAGAUCGGGUGAUUCCUCCUUGUGAUCGUUGUAGGAGACUACAUAUGGACUGCCUGAAGAACCUCACGGCGUGUAUGGGUUGUACCAAAAAACACGCCAAGUGUUCAUGGAAAGAUGUUCAGGCAGGGGAAUUGGAUAUGACAGCACCACCUCCACGCGACAGGACACCAACACCAUUGGCCUCCCCGCCGGCACCUGCACCACCUCUCUCAGCCGGAUCUACGAUCGAGGUCAACCAGCAGCCGGAUGAAUUGAAGCAAAUGUCUCGCAUUGGUCGAGCCUCAUUAGACUUGGCAGGUGAAAAGACGGAGAAACCCAAAGACGAUGACUUGACGGAGACACGAGAAGAAGCAAAGUCGGAGCCAGCUCCAUCGAACACCUCGAGCGGGAGAUUUGAUGUGCGACCACCACCUUUGGUCCAGCAAUUGCAAGAUGCAGCGAACGGACGAGUGCCAACUGGGUCGACGCCGUACGAGACAAGUUUCCCGCCUCGCGAAAAGGAGAAGCCAUACGAAGAUGAUGAUGAGGGCGACCGCCUGCAGGCACUUGCUGCACGAGUCUAUCGGUCCGCCUCCCAGGGAGGACAUCGAGCUUAG